AUCAAGUCCUGAAGGAGAUGCCUAUAAUAAAUAUCGAGGUGGCUCUCCAGGGAUCUGGCGAGGAAGAGAACGAUUCGAAAAUCGUCAGUCUUCAAACCAAGUCGAACAAGUGCACAGACAUUUAUGAGAAUCGAGAUUACACCUUGAGCGUGACAAUGAGUCGAAAAAAUCGUACCUCCAAUUUGAAGGCUCACUCUCCCUGCUUUCUCCGUGGAAAGGACGAAGGCUGGUUUUUAAUUUUGGGUGAUAUCAGCCAGAGAGAAUUGUUGGCCUUGAAGAGAGUUUCGGGUAUCAGUGGCCCGAGACGAAGCAACCAAUUGCAAUUCACUGCUCCACCUUUUAACGGUCGCAUGAAGCUGACCUUGUAUAUAAUAUCAGACUGCUACAUGGGUCUGGAUCAACAGUACGAAUUUAAUCUGAACGUAAUUCCUGAAAGAUAAUUUAAUUUUCUAUGCGUUUGUACGGCAUCUAUGUUAUAAAUUUUGGCGCCCUAUUUAUAUUCAAACCUUGUACAGUUUACAUUGAUGCGAGAUUGAUUCAAUUUAAUAUUUAUUCAUAGUACUCUUGUAAAAUUUAAUAAAUAAGUAUCAGGAUUUAUAAA